AUGUCACUUGAUUUUGAGAUGACUAAUGUGGGGCUCAUGUCUUAUUGUUUGGGACUAGAAGUGAAACAAACGGAUGAUGGCAUAUUCAUCUCGCAAGAAAGUUAUGCAAAACAUGUGUUAAAGAAAUUCAAAAAGCUUGAUAGCAAUCCUGUUGAAACUCCAAUAGAGUGUGAAGUGAAAUUGUCAAAGUUUGAUGACGGAAUAAAGAAAGAUUCAACUCUUUUCAAAAGUCUUGUUGGAAGUUUGAGAUACUUGACAUGUACAAGGCCUGAUAUCCUAUUUGUAGUUGGUGUAAUGAGCCGCUACAUGGAAGCUCCUACGUCAACUCACAGGAAGAUUGCUAAAAGGAUUCUUCGUUACCUAAAAGGUACGACUGGAUUUGGGUUAUUCUACUCAUCUUCUCAUGACUUUCAACUCACAUGA